UCUCAAUGAUCUUGGCCUCCACAUCUAUGUUGAAUUUUGGCGCUCUGCUCAACCAAGUCUUGCCAUGCUUGGACAUUUGGCUAAGACAAUGAGCAACCAAAACAAAAUCGCACUUACAAAGUUGUAGGUGCCCAAUCACUUAAAAGUAAAACCUCCAUAACAUUUGUUUUCCAACCCGUGUCUCUAAAGCUUAGGAUAUCCAUCACUUGAAUAUUUUUUUAAUGAAAAUAUAUUCUUCUAGUUUCUUUUUGUAAUAAAAUUCCCUUCUAGUGCCAGCAAACUUCUUACAAGAAUCCAAAUAGUAUGACCGAUGACGUGGUAAAAUUACUGAUUGAAUGUACUGCAAUACUUUGCUGAAAAUGGAAACAGCAAGCAAGGUUCAAACAUUAAAAAAAAUAAUAAUAAUAAAGAAAUGCUGAACUAUUUCACACUUCCCAAGAAAAACGUGGUGAUUUUCUGCUCCUUGAUAAGAAUAGACUACCAUCAAUGGGACUUUUCUACUUUCUGAUUUCCAAAUUCAACUUGCUUGCCAUAGUCAAUUCUUCUUGAACGAUCAGAUUAUCAAGUACGAUUCCUCUGUUUAAAUUCGAAUGGCCGCAUGUAAACGGGUCGGAUAUUUCGGACCUAAACUCGGAGCUCUCGCCGGACGCAACCGAUUCGACGGCCGACUCCUUUCGAAUCAUCCUUUCAACGGCAAGCGUUUGUUCCUCGUCGAUACUCUAGCUCUAGUGAGAAAAUUGGAAGGACAAGGGGUGCCUACGAAGCAAGCAGAGGCUAUUACUGCAGCUAUUACUGAAGUUUUGAGUGAUAGCUUGGAAAAUGUAGCUCAGACUUUUGUUUCUAAAGCAGAUUUGCAGAGACUUGAGAUGAUUCAAGAAGCCAAGUUGUCCAAAUUUAAGUCCGAAGUUCAAAGUUGUCAGGAGAACCACUUUUCUCUACUGCAACAUGAAAUUGAAAAACUCAGAAGUGAUAUAGAAAAGAUGCGCAGUGAAUUGAGGUACGAAAUUGACAAAGUCUCUGCUGGCCAUAGGUUGGAUCUCAAUCUUGAAAGGGGGAGAAUUCGGGAUGAACUAGCAAAUCAGAAUCAAGAAACAGCUAAUCUCACUAACAAACUUGAUCGAGAAAUUCAUACACUAAGGGCUCAGUUGGAAGCUGCAAAAUAUGAUGUUAUAAAAUAUUGCAUAGGUACCCUUGUCUCUAUAUCUGCUGUUGGUUUGGCCGUUGUCCGCCUUUUGAAAUAAGUGGCUGGAGUACAAUGCUAAUGAUGGAUGAUAAUGAAUAUAGUUGUUCAACAUCUGUGAUGCUCAGUGUAGUGUAAUGCUGUAUGACACCUAAAUUUCAAUUGCAUUAGCAGACAUCAUAACUAUAGCAUACUAGUUAAAUGUGCAAUCCAGUUGCAUCUUUUUACUUUUAUGCUACUGGCUCUCCCAUGACCCAACCCCCAGGUUUUGAAUGGCUUGAAAAGGGUUCUUGCAAAAGAUACAUCUGGGCAGUGGUGUAGCCACAUUGGCGAAUGUGUGGUUAUUUUAAUCCCAUACAUUUGCCAGAUUAUGUUGUAUAAAUUUUCUUUUAUUUAUAUAUAUUGAAAGUCCCUUCCCUUCAAA